UUAUAAAUUCAUCGUCAGUCACUUUACACAACCAAAGAAGAACUCAGUUUAUAGCCAACAUGGUUAAAGCAAGAAAAUACGUCGUUAAGAAGCACUUCCAAGGAGUUCCGAAGAGGGAUGACUUCGAGGUGGUGGAGCAGGAAUUGCCGCCACUCAAGGAUGGAGAGAUCCUCGCCAAAGCGGAAUACAUCAGCGUGGACCCGUACCUUCGUGCCUACAACGGACGCAACAAAGUCCCGUACGACCAGUUCAGCUUCCAAGUUGCAAUCGUCACGGAGAGCAAGAAUCCCGAUUACCCCGUAGGGACAAGAGUAGUCUCCCACAAAGGCUGGCGUGAUUACACCAUAAUGAGCCCUAAUUCGAAAGCAGCAGAUCCGAAUGAAAGAGUUUACAAGCUACCCGACUUGCAGGGUUUAUCCCCGUCAUUGGGUGUGGGUGCUGUUGGUAUGCCAGGAGUUACUGCCUACUUCGGAUUUCUGGACAUUUGCAAACCCAAAGCUGGAGAAACGGUAGUCGUGACUGGUGCAGCGGGUGCUGUUGGAUCACUAGUGGGGCAAAUCGCAAAGAUCAAGGGUUGCAGAGUAAUUGGGUUCGCCGGGUCCGACGACAAAGUGCAAUGGCUUGAGAAGGAACUGGGUUUCGAUAGAGCUUUCAACUACAAAACAGUUGAUGUCCUGAAGUCUCUAAAGGAAGCGGCGCCAAAUGGCGUGGACUGUUACUUUGACAAUGUCGGAGGGGAGAUCAGCAGUGUUAUUCUAAGUCAGAUGAAUGAUUAUGGAAGAACGUCAGUUUGUGGGAGCAUCAGCGCUUAUAAUGAAGACCCCAAACAGAUGCCUAAGGCAACUAUUAUUCAGCCAGCUUUGGUGUUCAGGCAAUUAAAGGUGGAAGGUUUCUUGGUGUGGCGUUGGGACGGACGAUGGCACGAGGCGUUCGCUGACCUCGUCGCUUGGAUCAAGAGUGGAAAACUCAAAACUCGAGAGCACGUUACUGAAGGUUUUGACAAAUUGUACGACGCCUUCGUAGGAAUGUUGGCUGGUGAAAAUACUGGCAAAGCUGUAGUCAAAGUCUGAUAAUGUUAAUGUUAGAUUAUUACUUACAAGUUUUUAAUAAAUAAUAAUGCUAGUCAUCA